AUGGCACGAUACCGACCUUCGUAUCAAACUCGAGAUCGGAGACGUGACUCCUACCGUCCAGACUUAGAUCCAGACCGAAGACACGACUCCUGGCGUCCGGAUUCAGAUCGAAGCCGCGUUCGCGGCCCUGAUCGCUCUGCAAGACCCCGAGGUCUCUCUCCGGUCAGAUCGGCAGUCACCAAAUCCAAGAAAGAGCGUCAUAACAAUCCUUCCACAAGAAUUCACUCUCUCCGAAACCUGCUGGCGAAAGACACCAAGAUGCCCAUGACAGUUCGUCACGAGAAAGAACGGGAAUUAGCGGCACUGCUGCUGGACCAACAAAAAGCCGAGCUUGCUCAAAACGCCAGAAAGAACCUGCAACGAUAUCACUUUGUGCGAUUUGUAGAGCGUCAGAAGGCCACCAGACUACUCAAGAAACUUACCAAGUUGAGAGACACUCCGGCAUACAGUGACGAAGAAUACCAGAAGAAGUUGGAAAAAAUGAUCCACGAAACCGAGGUGGAUAUUGCUUACACUCAGUAUGCACCGUUGGGAGAAAAAUACAUCAGCUUGUUCGUGGAAGAAGAGAAAGAGAGCGGCUCAAGCAAGAACAAAAUGAACAAGAGAGCUUACGCCAUUCUCGACGAGGAUCAGCGUGGCGAAUUGCGGAACUUCUCAGACGAGCUUGCAAAUGUGGCUCGGACGGCAGCAGGGACAAAACCGCCGAUGUGGUACGAGGUGGAAAGCUACAUGGCUGAAGGGGAAGACAAGCUGAAUGCUCUUCGGGAAGGAAAAUUGACCGGAAAGAAGCUGGACAAGGACCUUGCUGCUGUAGGCGGAAAGAAAGAGGCCGACCUGCGAAGUCUGCACCAAACCAAACCUGAGGAAAAGCCAUCAUGGCUUGAUGAUGGUGGUAUGAUUGAUCCGGCUGACCUGGAUAGCGACAACGAGGAUGGUGGGGUGCGAGUCCGGCAGCAGGAUGACGAAGAUAUGAGUGACGGCGGGUUCUUCGAGCGCUGA